AUGGCGGCGGUUCGCUCGCUUAUCUCCUCCCUCAGGCUCACUCCCGCUCCAGUUGUACCACUCAAAUCAUCAGCCUCCUCCCUCGUCCGCGACGAGUCGAGUUUCUUCAACCUGAACUUGAAUCUCUCCGCAUCAUGCGCUUCAGCUAAGGGCCCUCGACGAGUCGCACCUCCUUCUGCUGCAGCGACUCCCGUCACGGCUGCUGCCGCAGCACCCACAGCGGAGGACGCGCCGUCAGUCGCGGCGUCAGGAACGGAAGGGACGCCGCGCCGCCGCCUGAAGGUUAUGGAGGCGCUGGAGGGCGGCGCGGUGUUGGAGGACGAGGACCUGACUGCUGCGGAGGACGCGCUCGAAGACGCGUUUCUCAAGGCUGAUCAACGGCUCCUACAGGGGCUUGGUGGUGGCGGUGCGGUGUUGGAGGACGAGGACCUGACGGCUGCGGAGGACGCGCGUUUCUCAAGGCUGAUCAACGGCUGCUGCGGUGGCGGUGCGGUGUUGGAGGACGAGGAGCUGACGGCCGCGGAAACGCGCGAGGAUGCUUUUCUUAAAGCCGACCAGCGCCUGCUGCAGUGGCUGGAGGAGCACAGUUCUGAGCCUGAGUCGGGGUCGACGGGUACAGAGGCGUUUGUGUGUCACUUUUCAGUCGAAUCUCCCGCCGCCGAUUCCCCCGCCUCUCGCAACCCAACACCCCAGGCUGGAGGAGCACAGUUCUGA